AUGUCUUCUGAGCCUACAUCUGCAACCAUUGCCUCUCAAAGGAAAUAUAAUUCCGAUAUAGGGUUUAAGAAAUGUUGUUUAUUAGAACUUGAAAGAAUGAUUUUGGAAAAAAUACCAAGUUCUACCAUAAAAGCUAAGCUACAUAUUGAGAGUAGAAUUAAAACUUUGAAAAAAGAAUGGGGCUUUAUUCAUGAUAUGGUGCAAGGUAAAGACACAAGUGGGCUUGGUUGGAAUGAGCAAAAGCACAUGGUUUAUGCUGAAGAUGCAAUUUGGGACUCAUACUUAACUAGUCAUAAAGAAGCUACAACAUUUAGAACAAGAAGUUUUAAGUUUUAUAAUGAGUUAUCUGCAAUAUAUUCUAAAGAUCGUGCAACUGGAAAAGAUACACAGACAACAGAUGAUGUAGUUGAAGAAAUACAAGCUGAAGAACAAAACGAUAUAAGAGUUGAUACAGAUGAUAGUGCAUUUGUUGUUUUGGAUGAUUUUGAUUUCAUGAGUACCCAGCUAAUAAGCAAUACGAUGCCAAAAGUUGGUAAGAACUUGUCUGAUGGCCUUCAAUAUGAUCAUGAUAUGGAUAUGUUUCAGAAGCUUGAUCGUGUAUUACAAGAGGUUGAUGGUUUGAUUUUAGAUGAAAUGGACCUUGUUUCGUUAAAGCUCACUUAUUGUAACACCCCGUAA